AUGGCUGGAAUGGAGGUGGCGGAGAGCGGAGGGAAGGUGGUUAAGGCGGAGAACCCAACAACUGUCAUAAGGUUGCCGGAGUUCUUGCUUCGACUGCUGGCCUUCGUCACAACCCUGGUUGCCGCCAUCGUCAUGGGAGUUAACAAGGAAACUAAGAUCGUCCCUAUCCCUGACCUUCCUCCCUUGGAAGUUGCUGUUACUGCCAAAUCUGGCCUGAUCUCCACUUCCAUAUACUUCGUGGUGGCAAACGCCAUAGCAUGCACUCACACAGCGUUCUCUCUGCUGCUGUCAAUAAUCCCCAAGCGAGUCGGAACAAAUGGCUUCUCGCCGGCAGUUGUGAUCCUCGACGUGAUAAUGGUGGGACUGCUUCUCUCCGGUAGUGGAGCCGCCUCUGCCAUCGGCGUCGUUGCCUACAAAGGCAACUCACACUUGAAAUGGAACGAGGUUUGUAGCGUAUUUGGGAAAUACUGUCACCAGGCUGCAGCUUCCAUCGUGGUGUCUCUGCUUGGAUCCUUUGUGCUCAUCUUGCUGGUGGUGCUGGCCGUUUUGAAACUCCAUAAGAAAUUUAAAUAG